AUGGCCCGAAGUCCUGUGACAAAGAUCGCAUCCGUUGCAGCGUCGUCAGCGGCUCUCAUCCUCUCCCUGCCAUCUCCUGGAGAGGCGCACCCGUUAUGCCUGUACGGCCCAGAUCGAGCGGUCUCUACCACGGCCGAAGCCACGUUUUGCCCCGACGUCCUAGCCGAGGGCUUCUGCUGCGAGCCCAACGAGGAAGCGGUGCUGUCGGAAAAGUACGCAGCCAUCGAGGGCGCCCUCAGCGCGGAGUGCGCGCCUCUCUACAAGGAGGUCCUUUGCGGAGUCUGCAGCCCGUACAGCGCACACCUCUACACGCGCCUGGCGGAGAUGGGUGACGAUGGACUGGCGAUGACGAGGGACUUUUGCGACGGUUUCGUCAUGGCGUGCGGGACGGACCUUGCCCUCGACGCGACCUACUGCGACGAGCACGUGCUGGACUACUCCGACGAGAACGCUGCUCGGGAGUACUGGUCUUAUCCGCUAGACAUCACCGCCGGUUUCAACGAGGCCAGUGUGACCGCGGCGUUCCCCGACCUCCCCGAGGAAGACCUUCCGCCCGAGCCUAUCGCCAUGCAAAUGACACCUGACGGUAGCGCCUGGUGGAUCGGCGGGAUGACAGGCUACAUCAAAAUGGCGGCCUCUCAAGACCCGACCGAUGCCAUCGACGUUCUGGACAUCUCGGACAGGGCUGACUUCUCUUACGAGCAGGGUUUGCUGGGGUUCGCGUUCUCCCCUUCCUUCACGGAGACCGGUCUGUUCUACGUCAGCUACAGCGUUGCCGGAGUGAUGAACCCCGAGAACGGCCUGAACCGUCUGUCGAAGUUCGUGUACUACGCCGGAGACGUCGUGGCCACCUCUGGAUCGGAGGAGAUCCUGCUGACAAGCACGGAGAAGGGCUCGAGCGUGCAUUCCUCAGGCUGGGUCGGCUUCGCCCCCUCGAGCUACGCUGACCCCGAGGGAGCGUACCACGACAUCUACUGGACCGUCGGCGACGGCGGGCCUCAGAACGACCCGGACAACAAGGCCCAGGACAUGACCAACCUCCACGGAAGCAUCGUGCGGAUCUCGGUGCCGUCCACGGCGAUGGGGACGGGCUACGAGAUCCCCGCGGGAAACCCUUUCGAUGGCGCCAACGGCGAGAAGCCCGAGAUCUGCGCCUGGGGCCUGCGAAACCCCCACCGGUGUGCCUUCGACACCGCGACCGAUGAGCUCUACUGCGGAGACGUGGGGCAGGACAGAGUUGAGGAGGUCAACGUCAUAGAGUGCGGCAAGGACUACGGAUGGAGGAUGUUCGAGGGAUCCCGCUGCAACGACGGUUUCGAGGGGUACGACGGCGGCGAGUGCUCCGGCCUGGACCGUGCGGACUAUGCCUUCCCCGUCUUCGAGUACUGCCACGUCGACUACGAUUCGUCCCAGGAGGAGUUUGAUGCUUGCGGCGACAGGACCGUCACGGGACUCUCGGUCAUCGGCGGCCAUGUGUACCGCGGGGCAAAGUACGACGACAUCCUCGGGGGACACUACAUCUUCGCCGACCACAGUGUCGGGAGUCUCCACCACCUUGCUCCAGCUGCGGGCGGCGGAUGGACAGCUGGAACGGUCCUCAGUUCGAUCCCCAAGAUCGGCGGCUUUGCGGAAGGGAACGAUGGUGAGCUGUACAUGGUGGGGUACCAGGGGAACAUCUAUGACCUGCCCUGCGGAGACCUGUGCGAGUCCGGAGAAGAACAAAAAGAGGCGUCGUCGGCCUGCUUGCCCCAGUCGGACACCACCCCAACCUUCGAGGAGAUCGGGUGCUUCCUCGACGGCGAGCCGAAGACCAUGACUCUCUCUACGGCCCCGGGGUGCGACGGAACGAUGAACGCUGAGAUGUGUGCCAGCUUCUGUGCCACUGUGGAGGGAGCGACUCACUUCGGUCUCCAGUACCAGAGAGAAUGCUACUGCGGCGGAGAAGGCGAUGACUAUGUCCAGUACGGAGACCAACUGGACGAUGCUGAAUGCGACAUGCCGUGCUCCGGGUUUCCCACCCAAAUGUGCGGCGGUAGGUCGAAGAUGAACGUGUUCGCCAUCACCGGUGACGGGGCUCCGAGCGAGGACGCGGCCGCUACCCCUGUCUCCACGGCAUCGCCGUCGACAGAUACCGAAACAACACCGCCUCCCACCGACGUGCCGGCGGCGGACGCAACUUCCACCGCUGCACCGCCGACGACAACAAUGACUUCGGAGGCUUCAUCUUUCCCUGACACCUACAUGGGCUGCUACGGUGACGACAAGGGCGACAGGGCUCUGACGUUCGCUUACACCGCCAGCGACACCAUGUCCUUCGAGGAGUGCGAAUGCUUCUGCAGCGCGGCGGGCGCCUCCAUCUUCGCCUUGGAGUACGGACGACAGUGUUUCUGCGGCACGGACGAGACGGACUUUGAAGCGUACGGCCCGGCGGUAUGCGACACUCCUUGUGCUGGCAGCCCCGACACAGUGUGCGGUGGAUACGACGCCAUGUCUGUCUACAACAUCGAGCCCGAAGCCGCUACAACCCCAACGGCUCCCCCCACCACCGCCUCGCCAAUUUACUCGGACGACGAGUCCGAGCCAUCAUCCUCAGCGUCCUCAGAGAAGGAAGUUUACCCGGACUACAUACCGUCAUCGGUGUCCACAGAGCCGAUAUUCUCGGAGGUGCGGCCAUCAUCGGCGUACUACUACUUCUCCGGCGGCGAACCGAGCUACGACGCCACGGUUGGGAGUCACUUGGGAUGCUACCUUGACGUGCGGAACGACCGACUGCUGCGGAGCGACAUGACCGAGAGCGAGGACAUGACCCCGGCUGUGUGCGGCGCGUUCUGUGGGGAGGGCGGCAGCGAAGUGUUCGGCCUGCAGUACGGCACGGAGUGCUGGUGCGGCGACCUAGCCUCCUUUUCGGGGGCGGUAGAGGCCGAUGACGAGGCCCUGUGCGACUACGAGUGUGCUGGGGAUGACACCGUCCGCUGUGGGGGCUACCUGUACGUAGAUGUCUACAGGAUCGAAACGAAGUAA